AUGGUAUUGUUUGGGCUCAUUGACACUCGAUUCUCCAAGACACCCACUGGGAUUCCUACCCAACAAGACGUAUUUGGUAUGCGUGAACGCAUACUGCAACUGGAGUCCAGUUUAAAUAUGCAAGAAGCAGAGAACAGCCGCCUUUCAGCAUGGGCCGCCCAACUUUCCAGUGAGCAACGUCGGUUCGGUUUGCUUAAUGAAGAAUCCGAAGGUGAUGAUAAGGUGAUCGAAACAUUGGACAAGCCAAUACAAUCGGGUGUAGCAGCUGUUUCCUCAGAUAAAUUUAAAGAGGAGCUUGAACUCAGUCAAGCCAAUCUGGCACACUUGCAAGAGAAGAUCUCUGCUGCCGAAGAUGAACGUGAUCGUCUAAGAGAUGAAUUAUCACAUGCCCGCCGUUCCGUGCUCGAUGCUGAAGCUGCGGCCACGGCUGCAAUUGCAUCAGCUAAUCAGGAAAAUGAAAGAGUGCGCACCCGCCUCGAGGCAGCGGUUCGUAAAGUCGAGGUUGAGUGGCGAGAAAGAGUGGCACAACUGGAGACAGAGUAUCAGGCAGCUAUGCAGGAGCAAAAGGCUGAACAGGACGAACUUUAUGCCCAAGCUCAAGCCUAUUACGAACGCAUGCAGACGAUGCAGGUUAGAAAAUGA